UAUGGUUUACUGUUCUCAAGAUGGAUGGAUCUAUCCCAAAAAAAGAGUAGAAUAUUAUGCCGUGGGUAAAAUAAAAAAUCACGUUGAAUUUAUACUUUAUAGACCAGGCUUAACUAAUCUCUGCGGACCAACUCACCUCCUCCGAAAUAAUUUUCUUGAUAAAUCAAUAAAUUAUAGGGAAAACAAUAUCCCUAAGAGUAAAGACAACAUUAAUGAAGGUUUUGAUAAGAAAACUAAUUAUUUAUCAGCUUACUCAUCAAUUAGUUUCGAAGAAUGUCAGCAGUUAUGCGCCGAGUAUAGAGAAAAACUAUGCACGGGCUUUUUAUACACUCCAAUCAAAGAUAAGGAGAUAGUGGGAUAUUGCCGACUUUCUGUAGGAAAGUUCUGUGAGGAAAACAUCAAGUAUUUUGUGUACUUAACAGCUGGGCAAUUUCUCUAUCAAGCGUAUUAUCCGCCGUGCAAGAAGGAAUAUGAUGUCGAUAUCUAUAAAAUUUAUAAAGAAAAGGGGAUUUUACAGGGUUAUGAAAGUAAACACAAAUGGGAAAAGGACAAAGCAGAUUACUUUUUAGAUUCUAAAUAUUACAUAUGUUAUUUAAUUAAACAUAAUGUAACGUAUAAAGAAGCUAAGAAUCUUUGUAAACAAAUGAAUAUGAAUUUAAUUAGACCAUAUUUAAUCAGUUCUAUGCUUUUAUCCCAUUUUCCAACCAAAACUUUGAUCUGGAGUGGAAUGAUUAUUAACAAGACGAGAAUGUUUUACGAAAAGGAUGACUUUGAAAAUAUUUUAUUGCCAAAUUCCCAAAGUGAAAAAUAUUGUAGCGACAAAUUGACAGUUGUUUGCCAAAAGCCACUAACAGGUUUAUGGAGUUCUUGGGGGCAAUGGAGUAAUUGCCCAUGUUAUAGAGAAUUGGGAUCAAAGGUUAAGAAACAUAGGAUUCGUUAUUGUAACGAUCCAAAACCUCAUAAGAUUGCUGUAGACGAGAAAAGAGUUUGCGGGAGAUAUAACUAUAGUAUAGAUUACGAAAAUGAAAGCAUGAUUUGUCCUCCAUUAAGACAUACAGUUCGGGAAUUGGUUGAAAUUAAUAAUAUUUUAGAUCAUAAAGAAGAUAUUUGUCGGGCUUAUUACAGUCCUACUCAAAAAUAUAGGUCGGACGCUACCCUAAUUGAGAAAAACUACCAGGGAAAACGUAUAAAGGAUUGUUUAUUAUGGUGUAUUAGAAAUACCGAUUGUCAAGAGUUAAACAUAUCAAUCGAUUUGAAAAAGAUGAAUAGUUCUAAAAGAAAUUCAAUGCAGUAUAAAUGUGUCUCUUCUGAUAAAUUUUGUUCGUUUGUCAGGAGAGAUUUAUUAACAAGUUUUCUCUUUCGAAGAUCUGUACUUGUUUGUCAUUCGAAAUAUUCAAAAACAUGUCGUACGGCAAUGUACCAUCACGAAUUAGAGACAGGCUUAUGUCUAAUUUACGAGCCCAUUCCUAAAACUUUCAAAGAAGCUUUGAGGUUUUGUUCGCUUUAUGGCAUGCAUCUAAUGAAAUUUGAACAUUUCUUUGAUGAAGCCGGUUUGCCAGAUUACUUUACGUCAAAAUAUAAGGAAGUCGAAGCUUGGCUUGGUUUAAUUAAAACAGGAGGAGUUUAUAAGUGGAAUUCAAAAUUUUGGAGUGAAAAUGCAACGUCAAUCAGUAAAAGAAUUACUGAGGCUGAUGGCGUUGGGAAUUGUUAUAUAUUCUACUUUCGAAAAAACAAUAACGUAACUUUCAAGAGAGUUCGUUGCAAUAAAAAACACUUUACUAUGUGUUAUAAACCCCAUAGAGGUCAAUGGGGUAUGUGGUCUCAAUGGAGAAAUUGCCAUGUUAAACUGUUUACUAAGUGUCUUUUCGGCUAUUAUCGUACAAGAACGUGUGAUUCACCACCACCAUAUGACGGAUAUUGUUUAGGAAGAUCUGCAAUCUAUCGACCAUUAUCAAAUAGCCAAAUGAUUCUAUUCAUUAUUGCGGGAAUAGUUUUGUUUGUAGCGAUAAUACUUUGCGUUAGAGUCUCAAAGACUAAAGAAAAAUGCAAAGGUGUUUGUACAGACUUCGGCAAACCGAAAAGUUUUACUGAUUCUUCAAUAACGGGAAACAACGGGUCUGCUUUUUCCGAAUCAGAAACUAUUUAUUCAUGA